AAUCUUCUCCCUUCAUUACAAAAACCUCUAGUUUUCCUAGGUUGAUAUUAUAUAGCUAGCUUGUAAGACCAAGAUUCUCUCUCGCACAUAUCAUGACUGAUCUAUCAUUUCCAUUUCAUUUUGUGCAUUUCCAAUCAAUCACCUGGGUUUUGAUUAUAUACACACAUAUAUAUGUUUGAAAUGAUUAAUGUUGCAGGAUAUGGAUGAUUCUGAAGACUUCCACGACCAAGUUUGUCACAUGAUGAUGUCUUUUGACGAGGAAGACGAAGAGUUUCUCAGAAACAUAAUGCACCAGCAGCAGCAGCAGCAGCCAGCUGGUAAUAAUAAUAACAAUGAUGAGAAUAAGAAUCAGUACUUGUGCUCUUAUCUAAGCGAAGAGAAAUCCUUUGCCACCGUGGAUCUCUCUACUGACAGCUCCGGCAACCGUCGUGGUGGUCGUUCGAAUGAUAAGAAACACGUGGACGGGUCUGCUAAAUCAUACAUUUUAUCAUUCGAUCAGUCCAACGUAAUGCCAGCAGAAGCAAUCUCAUCGAAACAAGAAGAAUCUAGUACCUCAGAACUUUGUUCAUUAAAAAGGAUCAGAGCGACCACGUCGUGUAAUGUUGAACCCAGAAAGAAGACUAGAAGCUGUUCGGAGACUGCAAAUCAUAUAAUGGCGGAGAGGAGGAGAAGACAGCAACUCACCGAGAGAUUCAUUGCACUUUCAGCAACUAUUCCCGGCUUGAAGAAGAUGGACAAAGCCACGAUUCUUCAAGAAGCUACAAGAUAUGUGAAACAGCUUCAAGAACGAGUAACGGAGCUAGAGAAACAGAAUAGCAUCAUCAACACAUCAGAGUCAUCAAUGAUAUCGAUCAAAAAAUGUGAGCUACAUAGAAUUAAUGAUGAUUUAUGUGAAGCAAAUGAAGUUUUGCCUCAGAUUGAUGCAAAAGUGUUGGAGAAUCAAGUGCUAUUUGGAAUCUUUUGUGAGAAGCAGAAGGGCAUUGAGUUUAAAAUAUUGACUUUGCUUGAGAAUUUUCAUCUUCAUGUCACUAGUAGCAGCGUCUUGCCCUUUGGGAAUUCCACUCUUGGCAUCACCAUCAUUGCCCAGAUGGGGGAGGAAUACAGAAUGACAGUGAAUGAAGUGAUGAAAAAGCUACGACAAGUUCUGUCAAAGUCGCACGAAGUUGAUCCGUACUAGUGUAUCAAGCAUGUUUGUUAUUAUAAUCUUCGUCGCUUAAUAUGUGGACUUAGGAUAUGUUUUUAUGAAGAGAAUAUAUUUGUUAUUGUUA